AUGUCCAGCGUCCCAAACACCACAUUUUCCUCCCUCGUCGAAGCCCGAUAUCGAGACGGCCAAUCGAUCCAACGCCCUCUUCCAAACGACUUCCCUCCCACCCUCCAGACCAUUCUAAACCACGCCUCAUGCCGCUCAUUUCUACCCACCCCACUACCCACCGGCACCCUGGAGGCUCUUAUGGCAGCCGCACAGAGCGGUUCAACAUCCUCCAUGCUCCAAACCUGGGACGUGAUCGCCAUCCAAGACCCCUCGCACAAGAGCGCGGUCGCCACUCUCGCCGGAGACCAGGAGUUCAUCCGUCAGGCGCCGCUCUUCCUCGUCUUCUGCGCGAACUUGCAUCGUCUCGCGAAUAUCUCGCGCAGAUACGACCAGCCCGGACGGGCUCUUGCGAACACCGAUAUGUUCCUGAUGGCAUCUCUUGACGCUGCGAUUGCAGGCCAAAACACCGCCAUCGCGGCGGAGUCGCUGGGUCUGAAGAUCUGCUAUGUGGGCGCUGUGAGGAACAAUGCGCAACAGAUGUGCGAGUUGCUGGGUCUUCCGCACAACGUGGUUGGGGUGUUUGGUAUGGCGGUGGGGUAUGGCGAGGAGGAGCCUACAGGGGGGAUUAAGCCUCGACUGCCGAUGAGAGAGGUCUGUCAUCGGGAGGUUUGGAGUGAGGAGGAUCAGGAGGAGAAUAUUCAGGUGUUUGAUGAGGCACUGGGGGCUUUUUAUGCCGGGGUGAUGAAGCUGGGGCGUGACGGUUGGAGCAAGUUUGUGGCGGGGAAUAUGGCGUCUGUUGAGCAGGAUGGGCGGGAGAAUUUGAAAGAGACGUUGUAUAAACAGGGGUUUAAGCUUAAUUAG